UGGGGGGGGGCGGGGGUGGCGGGCGGAGGGACGAGGAGUCGCCGUCGUCGAGCCAUGGCCGCGCGGGAGGAAGGAGAGGCGGCGCACGGUAAAGCGAGGCAGCAGCAGGACGGAGGCAGCAGCUCGGACGCCUUGAGGAACGGCUACGUGAAGAGCUGCGUCACCCCCCUCAAGCAGGACCCCCGCGGGGUUUUGUCGUUCCAGCAAGACCUCCUCGGCUCCAGGGUCUUCAGGCUUUCCGCCGUGUACGUCAGCGCCGUUGUCAUUUUGGCGCUUUCGGUGCUCCUGUCCCGGAGCUCGCGGUGGGAUUUACGGACUCUGGUGUCGGGCAUCUCGCAGUCCGCCAGUCCGCUCUUCAGCAUCGGCUGCGCCUUCUUCUUCCUGACCUUGUACCUGAGGAGGAGGAAGAAGCAGAAGCAGAAAGAGGAGAAGGAGAAGGAGAAGGAGGAGGAGGAGGUGGAGGAGGGCAGCCACUGGUGGCUCCUGUCGCUGCCGGCGUCGUGCUACCUCGGGGACUUCGCGGUGCUCGGGUUCUCGCAAUGGGGAGAGGAGCAGCAGCAGAUGCAAAUGGCGGGCAGGUUGCUGUUCGUGUUGGGGUGCGUGGGGCUCCUCACGCUCGUCCCCACGCUCAAGCUCAAGCACAGCGUGCUCGUCCUGCUCUUCGCCAGCCUGGUGUGGCUUCUCUCCUUCACCGGCUUGGGCGGGCUGUCCCCGCUCCUCAGGCCGCUGCUCGCCUGCGUCGCCGGGCUCUGCGGCUCCUCGCUGGGGCUCGGCUUCGCACGGCGCUACCCGCCCGGGGGCGCUCCGAGCGGGGGCUCCGGCGCGGAGGACAGGGUGCCGGUCAUCAGAGCCAGGAGACGCUCCAGCUGCGUGUCCCUGGGGGAAACGUCGAGCAGUUAUUACGGCAGCUGUAAAAUGCCCCGCAGACCGUCUUUACCCUGCAUAUCCCGAGAGCAGAUGAUCCUGUGGGACUGGGAUCUUAAACACUGGUACAAACCACAGUAUCAGGGCGCGACGAGCGGCAAUGGCGUGGACCUGUCAGUCAUCAACGAGGCCAGGAACCUUGUGUCAGAGGUGUUGAUGGACUCGUCCUUGUCGCCCCACGCCAUCUCGACCCUGCACAGCGUCUCCAGCCUCAUGGGGACCUUCUCAGGGUCGUGUCGCCCCCGGGUCAACCCUUUCACCCCUUUCCCCGGCUUCUACCCCUGUGACGGGGUGGAUGACUCUGUAGAGAGGAGUGAACGCAAAACCAUUAAGGGUUUGAGCAGCAGAAACAGCCUCCCUACUCCUCAGCCCAGGCGGAGUUCGACCUCCUCCUCUGUGCUGCUCCCUCACGACUCACUUUCGUCACGGUGGGAACGUAACACCGGCAAGAGAUCCCACCCAGAUCUUAACUUGAUUAGCUCAGGUCUGUCCAAUGGGCCAAAUGCAAAUCUGCUCACCAUUCCCAAGCAGAGGUCUUCUUCUGUCACCCUCACCUACCACGCAGGGUCCAGGAGAACAGGGACCUCACCAAGUCUGAGUCCCGUCACCUCUCCCAGCCACAGUCCUUCGUCUGUAGCCACAGGUUCUUCAUCGUCCCUGGUCACUCGGUCGCCUGUGGAGUUUCCAGACACAGCGGACUUCCUGACAAAGCCAAGUGUCAACCUGAACCUGCACAAGCCUUUGGGCUACACGCUCAGCUCGUGUGACUUCCAGCAGGCAUUCCGCAGCUCCACUUUACCUCUUUGCACCAGCUGCGGGCGUCAGAUGCCAAAGGGGGUUUCCAGCAGCGAUUUGGGGGAUCUUCAUCAGCCACUCCUCAGCGAGGCCCAACGCAGGCGCUCGGCGGGUGAAGGGCCAGAGUUCCAAGGCGAGCCUUUCAUCAGGGAGGAGAGCGUGGAAGUGGACUUGCCUGGAGAGUCUGCUAGCACAGGGAAGCAGGGCCACACUGAGGAGGAGCAGAGCCCCAGCACAGAGAAGCAAACUCAGGAAUCGGGGAGUGAUCAGGAGUCCCGACUCGACCCGAUGCUGGAAGACCACGGGGCCCUCAUGGAGAGGAUGAAUACCUGGAACUUCCAGAUUUUUGACCUGGUGGACAAAACAGGAGGAAAGACAGGAAGAAUACUCAGCUACGUGACUUACACCCUUUUCCAGGAUACGUGUCUGUUUGAAAUUUUCAAGAUCCCUGUGAGGGAGUUCAUGACAUACUUCUACGCUCUGGAAAAUGGCUACAGGGACAUUCCCUAUCAUAACCGGAUCCAUGCUACUGACGUGCUCCAUGCUGUCUGGUACCUGACCACUCGACCAAUCCCUGGGUUCCAGCAGAUCCACAGUGAGCAUGUGACCGGAAGUGACACAGACUCAGACAGUGGGAUCUCUCCUGGCAGGAUAUCGUACGCCUCGUCCAAGACCUCCUCUAUAUCAGAUGACAACUAUGGCUGCCUGGCUUGGAACAUCCCAGCUCUGGAGCUCAUGGCCUUAUAUGUAGCAGCUGCAAUGCACGACUAUGACCACCCUGGCCGCACUAAUGCCUUUUUAGUUGCCACUAACGCGCCUCAGGCGGUGCUGUACAACGACCGCUCUGUGCUUGAGAACCACCACGCGGCGUCUGCCUGGAACCUUUACCUAUCCCGGCCCGAGUUUAACUUCCUGGUCAACCUAGAUCAUGUGGAGUUCAAGCGCUUUCGCUUCCUGGUCAUUGAAGCCAUUCUAGCCACAGACCUCAAGAAGCACUUUGACUUCCUGGCCGAGUUCAAUUCCAAGGUCAAUGAUGUGAGCAGUCCGGGAAUUGACUGGACCAAUGAGAAUGACAGACUGCUGGUGUGCCAAGUGUGUAUCAAGCUGGCAGACAUCAACGGACCAGCCAAAGUCCGCGACCUGCAUCUGAAAUGGACCGAAGGCAUUGUCAAUGAGUUUUAUGAGCAGGGAGAUGAGGAAGCGGGCCUGGGCUUACCCAUCAGCCCCUUCAUGGACCGUUCCGCCCCUCAGCUGGCGAAGCUGCAGGAGUCCUUCAUCACACAUAUAGUCGGCCCGCUUUGUAACUCGUACGAUGCCGCGGGUUUACUGCCCGGCCAGUGGGUCAGUGGAGACGGAUCGGAUGAAGACGACGAGGGCCGAGCGGACUCGGACACUGAGGACGACGACGAGGAGGAGGAAGAGGAGGAUGGGGAUGAGCUUGAAGAUGAUCUGCGGCCGAAAAGGAGGAAAAGCCACCGGCAGUUAUUCUGCAGCAUCAUGCAGCACCUAACCGAGAACCACAAAGUGUGGAAGAAGGUCAUCGAGGAAGAGGAGAAGAGCAAAGACGUCGGCAAGCAGCAGCAGUCUGACAGCCUGCCGGCCAGCGUGCCCGCGUCGGCUUCAGAUGACAUCCAGGUCAUCCAGGAGGAGGAGGAAGGGGAGGAGCGUCAGUAGCGCCACGGAAUCGUGCGGAGGAGCGAGAAGAGCUGCAGAAAAAGAAGUCCUUCACCCAACAGCCUUUUACACACUGACAUGAACAUCAUGACAUUUUUUCACACACACACACACACACACAUGCUGAACACUGUGCAGUCAACUUUUGGAGAAACAAAAAAAAUACAAAUAAAAAAAGGCCUUACCACUGUGAGCGGAUCCUUGCUGCAACAGUGGGAGUCCAUCUCCUAUGCACUUUCAGCCCUCAGUGGCGAGUCCUGGAGCAGCUCUAAGACGAAGAGGUCGCACGUGCCCAAGAAGAGCGUCAGGUCCCCAGGAUGACCUCGGCCGCGACGAUGCCUUGAGUGCAUAGCGCUUACACCUCUCUUAGGUACAAAACAAGUCUUGACUAUUUAAAAAAAACAAAAAAAACAGGAGUUUUGAGCAUGAAGCAAGUAAGCAACGUGGAGACGCCAUCGACGCCCUUUACCAAAGUGAACUGUUCGUACGUGGAAAGACGAGACCGAGACUCUUUCAGCCUCAGCUUCGGGUUUAUUUUUGGGAAUUCUAUAAAUAUAUAGAUAUAGAUAUACAUGAGAUAUAUAUAUAUAUAUAUAUAUAUAUCUCGGAUGUGCCUGUCUGAACCUUUACUGAGUCCAUAUUGGCCCAGAGCCUUGGCUUGUGUAGUUCUCUCUCCUUGCUGGCGACACGAAAACACUGUAUGAGACAUGAUUGAGAAAUGUCCACUGAUGAUUAGCAUUAUUAUAUCGGCAUCAUUUUGGAUGUCGUUAAUCAUGUGUGCCACCCAUGCCACCCUCCUUUUGUUGUUUCCUUUGCUGCAAUGAACGUCUGAUUAUCUUUUUUGGAAGAAUGUGAUCGAGAGUUUGGAGAAAGAGAGCACAUUUUGAAUUACUUUUUAGUACGCGAUUUGUGCGUAUGCUUGUGUGUCCUUUCAUUUAUCUGGUGUUGCAUUCAGGUCAGGAAUGCUGUCUCCAAUGAAUGGAUUUUUAAUUUCCUGUUGAUUUUUUUUUUUUAAGGUUACUCAGGAUUUUUGCAAAGUUGUAUGAUUACUUUGCAGGAAUUAAUGUCAUUAAUAUUGACUUUAACGAGGAACACCAUCCAGUACAUCUUGGCGAGUGAAGGAGUGAACAAGUCGACUGCAAAAUGAAGCAAUCGAGACCGUCGGCGACGCGACAGGAGCUUACAGUAUGUGCUGUCUCUUGUCCAUUCAUACACAGCUUGCUGAACCUCACUGGAGAAACUCUUGUAUGGCCACAUAGCGACACUCUAACGUUGUUUUUUUUCCAACAGUACAAUGAGCAGGUGCCUCUUCUUUUUAGCCAACAACAAACAUUUUUCAUCGACAGUGGUGCCUUGAGAUGCCAGUUUAAUUCGUCCCAUGACCACGCUUGUAAUUCAAAGCACUCGUAUCAUACGCCAUCUUUGCUCACUGAAGCGAAUCGAAAUGCCAUUACAGGAAUCGCUCGUUUGUAGUUAACAGGUGAAAUCCACGAAGUAGCGACAACAUAUUUGUUUGAUUAUUUAUACAUAUUUUGAAGGUGUAUGAAGACUUUUUAAUCUUGCCCACACACCUAUUAACUUUGACCAUACUAAUAUGAACACAUUUUAUAUUCUAAAAGACCUUUUAAACUCAAACAACAGUAAUGCACAGUAGUACAGUACACUACAUUUUAUUCCCUGUAAUAUGUGUUUUAAUGUUUUGUUUGUUUUAGGCUAGAAAGCAUUUGUUACCACAAAAACAUUGUAGCAUACACUCAAAAUCCCACAAUAUGGUUACUUAUGCACAAUAUGAAUAUGGGGGGGUGGGGGGGGGAAAUCUGCCCCCCCCCCCCUCGAGAAAUUUGUAUUUGGGGGGGGGGGAAUAGCACUCUAUUAUAUUCUACAGAGUAAUAACAUAAUUAAAUAGAAUGUAAAAGAAUGAAACAGUUUGUGCUGCAUGGUUAAAUGCUUCAAUUUAGCGAUCCUGCUGCUCCUUCCUGUGUGGCCACCAGGGGCAGUAUAGUACAGUCAAAUUCGCACGAAUGAAGCGAGUGGAUCUUCGUUUGUCUGUAAUCUGAUUGUCACUAUUCUUUGACCCAAUAAGCUGCAAUGAUUUUAGACCUUUUUUUCCACAGAGAAUAAAAAAUAUUAAGUAUUGUGAUAUUGUCUGUCAACGUGUGUUGCUGCUCCACCGUUUGUGUUCAAUUAUCUGUUGCUUGAAGUGUUUUAAAACCACAACGUAGACGCCAUGGCGUUUUCCAUUGUGCUAGCGUUUAGCUUGCGCGAGCUUUCGGCGGUUAUUUGAAAUAGUAAUGUAAUUGUCCUUUUGAUGUUAAGUUCAGCAGCAAACUUGAACUUGGAGUGGCAUGAACCAGCUUGAAGCCUCUUGAAAAAAUUAGACGCUAUGUGCCAACAAAAUCAACAAAUCAAAGAUAACAUCAUGCGAAUGACUGCUCGCAUCUCGAGGUCGUAAAUGGGCUCGCUCGUAUCUCAAGGCACGACUGUGUUGUACUUUCUUUUUUUUUUUUUUCGAGUGGCCAGUGUGAAGAAAGGACCCAGGUGUUUUUUGUUUUGUUUGUUUUUUUGCCCCCCCCCCCCCCCCCCCCCCCCCCCCCCCAUCUCAGCAUUCCAUUUGAUGAAAGGGAAUGCACAAUUGUUGCCUCUUUGUCAUAAUCAUAAUCAUCUGUGCGGAGCAUGUUAAGUCCAAUGGAGUUUGUGAUAUUUAUAAAGAAGCGGGGGGGGGGGGGGGGGACAUGCUCAUUUUAAUACCAGACAAGUGUUCAGCCACUGUACAAAAAGAUAUAUAUAUUUUUGAAGAAUCAACUGAAUAUAUCGGUUUUCUACACACACGCAUUUGUGAUGUGCAUUGAAAUCCUUGUCCUUGUUUUGAUCUCCUUUCUUUUACAGGUGUGGCUACGUGGUAUGCUUAUUUUCUUUUCAAUUGGGUUCAUUCUCGUAUUCAUCAUCAUCAUCUCUCCUUCACUAGUGCCAAACUUGACCGACAUGCGGUUGGCCGUGACAUUAGCGUUCCAGUAUUGACAAAGGAGCAGCGAGAGUAGCAGACUGGACUCAGGUCAGAGCCAUAUUCAUUCUUUCCCACGGAGCCAUUCUGUACCAGAAGUCGCUAUACUCUGUCGAACCGAGUUCCAAGUGUUGUCGGCUUUUUAUUUCAAACCACCGUGUCCGCUGAUGAUUGUGCCAUAAAAACAUCAAUGAAGUUCCAUGUGUGUGGCAUCAGUGUAUGUAGCUUUUGGUCCAAUGUAACCGUUCACUCUUAACCAACACUGUGGGAGCAACUGAUUUUUGUUGUUAUUUAUAGCUGUCAUUAAAAACAAAAACAAAAAAAACA